AUGGCUCAAAGCAAUCAACAUAAACAGGCUUAUAAUUUUCACACUCCCUACCCGGCGGUAGUACAAACUGUCCCGGCUGCUGGCUCAGUUGGAUUCCCAUCUCAUACUCGAUCACAUCCGCAGUUUCACCCGUCCAGCUUCACUUCGCAUCCCCAUCACCCGCAAUACGACAACAUCAACUUUUCUCACAUGCCCUUCUUACCCUCGAGCUCCCAUCUCUAUAAUAAUAAUCCCCUCCCUCUGCCUAUGGUUCCACCUGUCUUCCCUUUGCACCCAGUUCCAAGCCAAGAAGGGCCGUAUUACCAUCCACAACCCUUUCCUCCUCUCCCCCCUUCUGCAUUCAUGUCUUUUCAUCCUAUUCCUCGAGGGUUCGAAUCGUUCGUGAAGCCCCCGCAGCCGCCGUACAACCAACUACCUUCGCCAAUUCCUAGUGCUGGCACCUCCAUUUUUUCCACCGUAUUCUCGAACUUAAACGGACCAUCUAGUCCAACGACUACUGUUGCAUCAACAGUCACCAAAAAAAUGACGCGGAAGUCUCCCGUUAUCGCAAGUACCCCGAGGGCUCCUCCAGAUGAAGAUGAGGAGAUGGACCCCAUGAGUCCGAUUUCCAUGGACUUCAGCGACGAUGGUAGCCCGACAAACGUUUAUAUCAAAGGUUUGCCAGAAUCAACAACAGACAAGCAAUUGCUAGAAAUGGUUUCACCAUUUGGUGAGGUCAUCAGUUCCAAGGCCAUUAUUGAUCGGCCCUCUGGUAGCUGCAAAGGAUAUGGCUUCGCGAAAUUCGCAAGCGUGGAAAGCGCAAAGGCUUGUAUUGAGGAUUUGAAGAGCAGAAGCUACGAAGCAACAGUUGCGAAAGACUCAUUCUACUCAAAGCUAAAGGGCUUGGCCGACCUCCGAUCGACUAAUCUCUAUGUCUCGAACCUUCCUACUAAUUGGAAUGAAAACAAAAUAAUUUCACUCUUUCCCGGCUACAAAAUCAGCAAAUGUCGACUGCUGGUUAGCCAGAGGGCUCAAUCCCGUGGCGUCGCUUUUGUAACAUUUGAAGACCGCGACGUCUGCGACGAAGUAAUAGAGAAAUUCAGCGGACUCCAACUUCACGAAAAGAACCAUCACCUGCCUCUCCAAGUUCGCUACGCCGACACUAUUGCUCAAAAGCAACUGAAAAAGGAACAACAGGCAGUCGGACAGUUCCCUAAGAAGAGUGUGCUUAUGAAUCACAAGCAAACCUUAGAGAAAGGGAUGCGGAUGAACUCUAGCAAGAUGCAUUCGGGUGCACCAAUCCCUAUGCAUUUGAGAAACUGGAGAGCCUCUGGGGCCCCCCCAGUCAAUGCUCCACCGACUCCUCCUCGGAGUGUCAUUAGUGCCGAAGAGGAUAGCCUCAAGGACGACUAG